AUGAAGACGACGACACUCUCCACCGCCCUCUCGGCUAUUACCCUAGCACCCCUUACACUAGCAGCGAACUCUACUCCAGACCCUGCUGCCAUUGCAAAGGCAGAGGGUGCUGCAUUCAAGCAGGCCUUUGACGGCAUGCCCAAGUGUGCACAGUUCUGCAUCAAGAACAAUACGGCGCAGGUCGGCUGCAAUGUGACGGAUCUUGCGUGCCAGUGUAGCCACCUGCGGCCGCUGAUUGUCGAGGUUGCUCCGUGUAUGAUUAAGGAAGGAUGCGAGAUGGAGCAGAUGAUGCAGGUUGGAUCGACAGUGCUCACGCUUUGUGUCGACUUUUACAAUAAGACACACAACGGCUCGCUGCCGCCUAUGAGCGAGAUUCUCGCGGCCGAGGCUGCUGCUUCAAAAAAGAAGACAAGUGCUGGCUCUCGCGUAUAUGCUGGAGGAUGGGUGCUGGUAGCUGGUGCUGUGGCGCUGGCAGUUUCGGCCUUGUAA